CCAACAUCAGAGGCCCUGAGAUAGUCACCAUGGGGGAAAAUGAUCCUCCGGCAGCCGAAGCCCCCUUCUCCUUCCGAUCACUCUUUGGCUUGGAUGAUUUGAAAAUAAGUCCUGUGGCACCAGAUGCAGAUGCAGUGGCUGCGCAGAUCUUGUCCCUGCUGCCUUUGAAGUUUUUUCCGAUCAUCGUCAUCGGGAUCAUUGCCUUGAUACUGGCGCUGGCCAUCGGCCUGGGCAUCCACUUCGACUGCUCUGGGAAGUACAGGUGCCAUUCAUCUUUCAAGUGCAUCGAACUGGCCGCUCGGUGCGACGGGGUCUCCGACUGCAAGGACGGGGAGGAUGAGUACCGGUGUGUGCGGGUGAGCGGCCGGAGAGCAGCACUUCAGGUGUUCACGGCCGCCGCCUGGAGGACCGUGUGCGCCGAUGACUGGAAAAACCACCAUGCCAAGGUCGCCUGUGGCCAGCUGGGGUUUCCCAGCUAUGUGAGCUCAGACCACCUCAGAGUGGACGCACUGGAGGAGCAGUUCCAGGGCGACUUUGUGUCCAUCAAUCACCUCUUGCCAGAUGACAAGGUGACCACGUUGCACCACUCCGUGUACGUGAGGGAAGGCUGUGCCUCGGGCUAUGUGGUCACCUUGAAGUGCUCGGCCUGUGGCCUGAGAACUGGCUACAGCCCCCGCAUUGUGGGUGGAAACAUGUCCUCGCUCGCCCAGUGGCCCUGGCAAGUCAGUCUCCAGUUCCAGGGGUACCACCUAUGCGGGGGCUCUGUCAUCACCCCUCUGUGGAUCGUCACGGCUGCGCACUGUGUCUACGACCUGUACCACCCCAAGUCCUGGACUGUCCAGGUGGGUCUUGUGUCGCUGAUGGACAGUCCUGUGCCCUCCCAUCUGGUGGAGAAAAUCAUCUACCACAGCAAGUACAAGCCAAAGCGGCUAGGCAAUGACAUCGCCCUCAUGAAGCUGGCCGAGCCGCUCACCUUUGACGAGACUAUCCAGCCUGUCUGUUUGCCCAACUCUGAAGAGAACUUUCCUGACGGGAAACUGUGCUGGACAUCGGGAUGGGGGGCCACAGAGGACGGAGGUGACGCCUCCCCCGUCCUGAACCACGCGGCUGUCCCUUUGAUUUCAAACAAGAUCUGCAACCACAGGGAUGUUUACGGCGGCAUCAUCUCCCCGUCCAUGCUCUGUGCAGGCUAUCUGAAGGGCGGUGUGGACAGCUGCCAGGGCGACAGUGGGGGCCCCCUGGUGUGCCAGGAGAGGAGACUGUGGAAGCUGGUGGGUGCAACAAGCUUUGGCAUCGGCUGUGCCGAGGUGAACAAGCCUGGGGUCUACACUCGCAUCACCUCCUUCCUGGACUGGAUUCAUGAACAGUUGGAGAGAGACCUGAAGACUUGAAGAACGGGGAACAAGCCAGAGCCUGAGCUCCUGAGGGUGGACACAGCCCAAGCCUUCCCUGGACUCCUGUGUGGGCAUGGUGGAUGCGAGCACCAGCAUUUAGUGCCCUGCCCAUUGCACUGAGGCAGAGCCAGCGGGAAGAGCACCCUCGCUACCAUGGAUACCCAGAGCUGUCUGCUGCUAAAACCUCUGGCCAGUGGGGUGUGGUGAUGGAAUGACCUCGGAGCUUUCUGCGCUUCUCAAGGACGAAAGACCCCCGACUCGCAGCGCACCUUUCCCUGCCAUCCCCCUAGAUUUCCCCUCAGAGCCGCUGCCAACACAGGCAACCUCCUGUGCAAAACCACUGACGCCAGUUGGUGCAGACCCGAGGCGGGAACUGCUGGUGUGGAUUGUUACAGAUGUAGUCACCUCCUCCUUCUGUCCCUGGGCUCCAGUUCUCAACCCGAACUUCUGCUUCCAACAGCCCACUUCAGGAGUGGGACAACUUAGCUUGUGAAUGAUUCAGCCUAAGGUUUUUAAUAGCUGUUCCACUAUUUUCUCACAGCAUUUGGUGCUUGACGAACUGCCAGCUUCUGGAAGGUGCCCCGUCUCUCAGCGUGGCUUGUCCUUGGGCUUACGUGAAUGAGUUGUGGCAGCUUGCAGAAACCGCAACCAUGGGCCCGCAUCGAAAGACCACCCUGCACAUGUCAGGAGUCCGCAUUUUUCUGUUAGAACAGGUUUCUCAGCACAUUAGAGGUAUCCCAUGUUGCAUCAUGGGACUCAUAAGCAGAGUAAGGGACACAGGUCUGGGCAAAGACAAGACCAGAGGACACUAAAAGCAAGCUGAAUAGAAGGUCCUAAGUCAUCGAGGGUUGUCACACCUCCAUGCACUCUGCUAAUGUACUACAGCCGAUGGCAUCUGGGCCCCUCCUGCAUGGCCCACAAUCCUGUGGUCCCCAUAUUAUCCAGUAACAGAGGAGGGUUACAUGGGAAGUAGCCAUUGGUCAUUCAAGCUUGUCACAGAUUAGGUCUUCAGAAUAUGAAUCAGUUGCUCUGUGGCUGCAAAAGAAAAUGUGUGUGUGUGUGUGUGUGUGUGUGUGUGUGUGUGUGUGUGAGUAGGGGUGCUGGGUAGGGGAGACACCACCAAAACAAACUGCCACAUGGCCAUUGUGCUUGGACUCAACCCUGUCCAGAUCAGAGCCACUACUCAGAUUUCUGUGACUAGAAUAAAUGUCCCAAGAACCCCUGUGGGUGCCUGAA